UGAUCUAAAAAUCUGCGGUCUCUCUCAUUAGUUAAAAAACGUCAGAAUAUAUGGAUAGAGGAGGGGAAGAAAUCAUUUUUGCAGGAAAAAAAGAAGGAAACAGAUUAGGGUUUUGUGCAUGUGUAUUGUAGUACUGGGAGGGAGAAGGUGAAAAAUGCGUAAAAUUCAUGUAUUCGAAUACUCCCUUAUCUCUUAAAUUUAGGGAUUUUUUAUUACCAGCUUAAGAUGAAGAUGUUGCUAAGCUCAAAUUGCAUUCCGUCUCUUCCUCUUUCAACUUCAAGCCCUAGAUUUAGGGCUUCGAAAUUCACCCCCGUGUCAGUUUUCCCUCUCACUCGCAGCAUUCGGGUCCCGGAAACUCAUCGCAGUUUCUCAACUACGAAGAAGAGGAAAAUCUUGUGCUUUAGGCAUGAAGAAUUUUCAUCAGGCACCCCAAAUCCCGAGUCUAUUGGGGAGGUUCUUCAUGAGGAGUUGGAGAAGGUGGAUGUUGAUAAACCAAAUGUUGACAAAAGAAAUUGGGUUUCAACUCUUGGUGAGAUUGUAGGUGAAAUGUUUAGAGUGAUUGGGAAACCUUGGACAGUGCCAUGGACUGCAGAGACCAUCCUACAGGUUACACUUCUUUGGAUCAUAUCAUUCUGGUUUGUGGGUUCUUGGAUGAUCCCACUUGGAGCUCACAUCAUUGGCUUCAGCAAGGAAUCACUAACUUACAGAGGACAGGCAUUGUUCAGCCUUUUGACAGAUGUAACUGAAGGCCUUGCUGGAAUUUUAAUUCUUCAUCGGUGUUUGUCUCGGUUCCGUCCCCUUCCAUCUGAUUGGUUCAGAUUUAGCCUUAGAGGGAACUGGCUUUUCGACGUUUUUCUCGGAUGCUUGAUGUUUCCAUUAGUCAAUCGUCUCUCACAAUUGAACCUAGAUCUUCUUCCAGUUUUGCCUUUGACUCCUGUCACACUCUCAAGUGUAGAGCAGUCAAUAGUGGCUCGAGAUCCUGUUGCAAUGGCACUUUAUGCACUGGUACUUGUUGUUUGUGCUCCUUUGUGGGAGGAAAUCGUCUUCCGAGGUUUCCUUCUUCCUUCUUUGACUAAAUACAUGCCUGUGUGGUGCUCAAUAUUGGUAAGUUCAAUAGGCUUUUCUUUGGCACACUUUAAUGUACAGAGGAUGUUACCACUUAUUUUUCUAGGUGUUGUGAUGGGUGUAACUUAUGCAAGAUCAAGGAAUCUAUUACCAUCCAUUCUCUUGCAUAGCCUGUGGAAUGGCUUUGUAUUCUUAGAUUUGAUGAAAUAAAAUCUUAUUUCUCAUUUCUCAUUCGAAUCCAAACUGAGUUGUCCCCUUCGACAAAACCUGAUCUCUGAAUAGCCUGAUCCAGAUUAGUUAUUCAACCAUACCCUCAGAGACGUCGUUCUUCGACUAUGGUUGUGAAGUCAGUUGAUCUGAUCAUUUUGAUCGAAUGGAAGUAACUCGACCCCAUAAAAAUAUAAAGCAAUCCUCAACAGUUACUUCUUUGUUCGGCCGAAGGGAUGAUAUAAACGCUAAAUUUUUAUAUGGACUGCAUUGUGGCUGGAUGGGAAGUUUCACACACCAAAGUUGUGAUAUUUUUUAUGUUGUAUGAUGAGAAAAACACUAAUCUUAUUCUGAUACUAGUUUGUAAAUUGCUCAAGUCUCUAAUGAUUUGCACUCAGACGUGUUUUCAGAUUUUUAAUGAAUUUAUUUUUGUAUUUUAAGCCUACCAA